ACCAAUUUCUCCUCCUCGUCCUCCCUCCUCUGGGCAUGGAGUGGCGCUUCAGAUUGAAGAAGAGCGAGAAGGAAGCUCUCUCUCUCUCUCUAAAAUGAAGUGAAAUUUGCGGUGGUAAGGACGGACUGCGGAGUCUCCGAUGAGAUCGCCGUUCGGACUUCUUCUCCUCUCUCGCCUGCGUCAACGUCACUCUCGCCUCUCUUCUUCUUACCCUUCUUUCUCCCUCUUCCCCGCCGGCGGCGACGGCCGGAGCCCCGACGGCAAUGCCCCUCCCCUCCCAUCACCUCCCGGCUCCUUUCUGUGCCCCGAUCAUCCGUUGACGCGAUCUUCGCUCCCUAUAUUCAACCAUGGUUUUUGCUCUGGCCCGUCGGGACGCCCGGUCUUGGCCCGUUCGCUCGCGCCCUACGCUGGUCGCCAUCAUUACCAUCACCACCACCAGUGCUGGUCUUAUCGCAACUUUUUCACGAGAGCCAAGCAAAAGCAUUUGACGAAGAUAAAUAUUAGCGAUGAACACAGUCAACGAGCAGUGACAACUGCAUUAUGGUGUAACUUCCUUGUCUUCUCACUGAAGUUUGGAGUCUGGUUCGCAACCUCAAGUCAUGUUAUGUUGGCUGAAGUUGUUCAUUCAGUUGCAGAUUUUGCCAAUCAGGCACUUCUUGCAUAUGGUCUUACUAGCUCAAGGCGUGCACCUGAUGCUUUGCAUCCUUACGGGUACUCAAAAGAAAGAUUUGUUUGGGCUCUGAUAUCUGCUGUUGGCAUAUUUUGUCUUGGUUCUGGUGCUACGAUUGUUAAUGGAAUUCAAAACUUGUGGAUUGCACACCCUCCAGAAAAUAUUCAAUAUGCAGCUUUAGUGAUCGGAGGCUCAUUCAUGAUUGAAGGCGCUUCUCUCAUUGUUGCCAUACAAGCUGUCAAGAAAGGUGCAGCUGCAGAGGGGAUGAAAGUAAGGGAUUUUAUCUGGCGUGGUCAUGAUCCCACAUCUGUGGCAGUUAUGACAGAGGAUGGAGCUGCAGUAACAGGACUUCUCAUCGCUGCUGCAUCAUUGGUUGCUGUAAACACCACAGGCAAUCCAAUCUAUGAUCCCAUCGGAUCUAUCAUAGUUGGCAAUCUACUUGGGAUGGUGGCAAUAUUUCUCAUCCAGAGAAAUCGACAUGCCCUGAUCGGUAGAGCAAUGGACCAACAUGAUAUGGAAAAGGUUCUUCGAUUUUUGAAAAAUGACCCGGCUGUUGAUGCUCUGUAUGAUUGCAAAAGUGAGGUGAUUGGACCUGGGUUCUUCAGAUUUAAGGCAGAAAUAGAUUUUAAUGGGGUAGUGGUGGUACAAAAUUAUCUGGAGAGGACCGGGCGUGAGGAGUGGGCAAGACAGUUUCGUGAGGCUGCAAAACAGAAGGGUGAGAGCGCGCUGCUUGAGGUCAUGUCACGCUAUGGUGAGGAAGUGGUUACAGCUCUGGGGAGCGAAGUAGAUAGGUUAGAAAAGGAAAUACAAGAGCUUGUUCCGGGUAUUCGGCAUGUCGACAUUGAAGCCCACAACCCAAUGGACCAAUCUCCAUGAUCAUUCAUGUGGAUUUGAAGCAGAUCUGACCAUUUUUCCCCAUGAACGUGACUCAAUUUUUGUCCGCAGGAAAGAUCUGUAUUGGGGUUUCCUUCACGCUCGAGUUUUUUUUUUUUUUUUUGGGCCGGGACUUGUAGGCUCCAGUUUUAUCGCAAGGGGUCGACAUCUUUGAAUGCUCAAGAAGCCUUAUUGUAUUAUAGUCCAUGAUUAUUGAUGUAUAGUAGGAAGAUGUGUUUGAAAAGGAGAAACGAAAUCGUUAAUAAGAUCUCUCUCUCUCUCUGCCAACUUUUGUCCACUGUAAAAGGUUUCUUCGCGGUUGCUUCCCUUCCUCUACAUGACAACUAUUUCUGUUUUGAGAGUACACGCAAAGUUAGCAGAAAAGCCCAUGCCAAGUGGGAAUGAAGGAAAUUUCCAAGAGCUUCAUCCAGGUGUCGUGGAAAUUUCAUCAAUCUUGCGCUCCAUUUGCCACUGCUAUACCAGCUCGUCUCCUAUAAAUUCACAUGGCCGUUCAUGAUGCACAGACGAGAGAUCUGACGUUGAUCAUACCGGAAUGAUGGGGGCGACGCCAGUGUUCGAAGUGAAAGAGACGGUAAUGAAGAGCGAAGGAGCCGGCUCUCUCUGCUGUUACUGCGGAGGCCCCGUGAUGGUGGCCACCUGUGCCGUCGAACUCCGGUUCUGUUUCAUUCCCAUUUCUCACAAAGUCAAGACCAAGUUCUACUGCAUCAUCUGCUCCACCCGCUUCGUUCCUGCUUGAUGCCAUCGAUUGUUUCCUUCUCUUAAAUUCUUUAUUCUUCUCUUUGAAGUUGAUUAUUGUGUGCCCGAAGAGGAUAAGAUUGUACUCUAUCAUAUAAGUGGAAAAUAACAUCGACAAAAAGGAAGAAGAGAGUUGAAAAUAAUAAGUCCUCACACAAAUUGGAAAAGUGAGCAUCUUUUGGU